AUGGCUUCUUCCAACGCCGUAUCUUCUCUCAACGUCGUCGGAUACGCGCACACCACUUCUCCACCAAACAACCAUCUAUCAUCGCUAUCACGCAUCAGUCUCCUAACCCUAACGCUCCUCCUCCUCGCCGUUGUCAUUUCCCUAGCCGUUUAUUUCCUUAUCCGUUACCGUAACCGUUUCCUCCGUCGCAUCUCUCCAUCAUCCGCUGUAUUAUUCACCUCCGGGAAUCGGAUAUCAUCGGAGACCGCUUCUCCUUCCGUCGGAGACGGUCUCCCGGCUUUCACCUUCUCCUCCGUCACGAGGCGCUCCGCCGCCUCCGGCGGCGGAGCGGACUGCGCUGUUUGCUUAUCGAAGUUCGAGCAGCACGACCUUCUCCGUUUGCUACCUUUCUGCUGCCACGCAUUCCACGCUGAAUGCAUCGACACGUGGCUCCAAUCGAACCUCACGUGUCCGCUCUGCCGAUCCGCCGUCGAUGCGUCGGAGUCCGACCUCGCGAAGGUGUUCCGCUCCUCGUCCGUCGCUGGCGGCGAGAGCUUCCGGCUUGAGAUAGGGAACAUCAGCAGCAGUGGCCGCCGCUCCACGGGGGCCGGUGAGGAAACACGCGGGAGGUCCUAUUCCGUUGGCGCGUUCGAGUAUUUCAUCGACGAGGAGGCUGAGAUUGAGGUUGCAUUCAGUUAUGCUAGCAGGCGAAGCGUUUCCGGCGAGAAAGACGAGGGUGUUGCGGUGGAGGCUGCGGCAGAUUCUCUGCCGAGCUUGGCUGGUGAGGUAGGACGUGGAGGAAGUAGUAACAGUAAUGGCUGGUUGAAGGAUUACGUUGAUCGUCUUUCGAAUACGAUGUCGUUUCGAAGUUCCGGAAGGUUCUUCACUGGGAGUAGUCGCCGAAGCGACGUCGUUGUAGGUGGAGAUUACGACGCGGAAGCGAACCGUUUGGGGGAUGAUAUCGGUGAAAUGUUUCGAUGGCUCUCGGGGGUUUGA